CUGAAAACUUAUCAGAGAAGUUUGUGCUUCUGUCACAGGCGGGAGUCCAUCUGCGAGAAGAAGGUGCCGAGAGACCGGACAGGAGAACCACAAGAGGCCAUGGAGACGUUCAGUUCUAAAGACCUCGCCCUCCAGGCGCAAAAGAAGAUCCUGAGUCGCAUGGCCAGCAAGUCCGUGGUCAACAUGUUCAUCGACGAGACCAGCAGCGAGGUCCUGGACGAGCUGUACCGCGUCUCGAAAGAGUACACCAAAAACAAAGCCGAGUCCCAGAAGGUCAUCAAGAACCUGAUAAAGAUCGCCGUGAAGAUCGGCGUCUUGUACCGCCACAACCGCUUCAGCCCCGAGGAACUGAUGCUGGCCGAGGACUUUAAGAACAAGCUGCAUACCGGGGCAAUGACAGCCAUUAGUUUCUACGAAGUAGACUUUACGUACGAGAAGGACGUGUUACCAGAGAUCCUCACGGAAUGUAAAAGCUUGCUCCUCCGCCUCGUCGACAAACACUUGACUCCCAAAUCCCAUGGCCGCAUCCAACACGUCUUCAACCACUUUGCGAACAAGGAGAUGCUUGGCCAACUAUACGAUCCCCAAGGGUCUAUGAGGCCCCACUUGCUGAAAAUUUGCCAAGGAAUGAACAAACUGAUUGAUGAGGGCAAAUUAUGAUAGACAGCGGGGUCACAUACCACAAUUCCAGAUUGACUGGAAUGUCAAGUUCCUUGAAUCGGUUUUUACUGCUGAACUAAAGAAGUUCCCUUUUUUUGGGGACAGGAGGUUCUGCUAAUUGAAACCACCAGUGUCACGUGAACAUUUUGUGUUCUUUUUGCACAUGCCUUCUUAAAGACACCCUUGAAAAACCAUAAAGGGAGAUGCAUCUCUUCCUACCUUGAGGACAUUACUUAUUGGAGGUUGAGCAAGCAAGAUGCUGUGGUGUUGAGUCUCCAGUUCUUCAUUACGAAGAAUACUUUAAUGGUCGUAAAAUCUCAUGAGCUAGUGUUACGUGACAGUUUUGUGUUUUUGUUUCUUCUGCAUUGACCUUCUUGAAAGACCAAAAACGAGAAGCUUUGAAAAACCAAAAAGGGAGAUCCAUCUUUUCCCACCUUAAAGAACACUGUGGUGUUUCGGGCUCCUAAUCUUCAAUAAGAAGAGUUCUAAUGGUGGUAAUAUCUAAGGAGCUUCUAGAUUUCAUGGACAAGGCCACCAGUGUCACAAAACAGUUUUGAGAUUCUUCUGCACAGGCUUUCUUAAAAGACCAAAAUUGAGAAGCCACCUUUGGAAAACCAAGAAGGGGUUUAUAUCUUUUCCUAACUUCGGGAACACUAUGGUGUUUCCGGCUCUGAGUCUUCAAUACAAAGAGUCCAUUUAUGGUUGUAAAAUCUUAUGAACUUGUACAUUUUAUGGUCAAAACCACCUGUGUUUGUGUGACAGUUUUGUGUUUCUUCUGCAUUGACCUUGAAAGACCAAAAACUAGAAGCUCUGAAAAACCAAAAAAGGAGAUCCAUCUUUUCCUACCUUAAACACUGUGGUGUUUCAGGCUUCUAAUCUUCAAUAUGAAGAGUUUUUUAAUGGUGGUAAUAUCUAAUGAACUCGUAGAUUUUAUGGACAAGGCCACCAGUGUCACUCAACAAUUUUGAGAUUCUUCUACACAGGCUUUCUUAAAAGACCAAAAAUUAGAAGCCACCCUAACCAAAAACGAGAAGCUUUGAAAAACCAAAAAGGAGAUCCAACUUUUCCCACCUUAAGGAACACUGUGGUGUUUCAGGCUCCUAAUCUUCAAUAUGAAGAGUUCUUUAAUGGUGGUAAUAUCUAAUGAGCUUGUAGAUUUUUAUGGACAAGGCCACUCUAACCAAAAACAAGAAGCCACCUUUGGAAAAACCAAGAAGGGGUUUACGUCUUUUCCUAACUUUAGGAACACUGGUGUUUCCGGCUCUGACUCUUAAAUACAAAGAGUCCCUUUAUGAUUGUAAAAUCUUAUGAACUUGUACAUUUUAUGGUCAAAACCACCUGUGUCCAGUGACAGUUUUAUGUUUCUUCUGCACUGACCUUCUUAAAGAACAAAAAACGGGAAGACACCUUUGAAAAACCAAAGAGGGAAAUUCAUCAUUCAUCAUGGUGUUUCAGGCUCCUAAUCUUCAAACCAAAGAAUUGUUUAAUGGUUGUGAUAUCUAAUGAACUUGUAGAUUUUCAUGCUCAAGAACACCAGUGUCGCAUGACUGUUUUGUGUUUCUUCGGCACAGGAUUUCUUAAAAUACCAAAAAUAAGAAGCCACCGUUGGCAUUUGGGUUGGGUUGGCACCGUUGGGUUGGCAUUUUUUUCCUACCUUCAGGAACACUAUGGAGUUUCAGGCUCUUAAUCUUCAAUACAAAGGGUCCUUUUAUGGUUGUAAAAUCUCUUGAACUUGUACAUUUUAUGGUCAAAACCACCAAUGUCCUGUCCGGUUUUGAGUUUUCUUCUACAUAGACCUUCUUAAAAAACAAAAAACUUUGAAAAAACAAAAAGGGAGAUGCAAUUUUUUUAUGCCUUGAUGAACACUGCCUCCUAACCUUGAACACGGCUCCUAACCUUGAACACGAAUAGUUUAUUAUUGGUCGGAAUAAUCUUAUGAACUUGUAGAUUUUAUGGUCAAGACCACCAGUUUCGCAUGACGGUUUUGUGUUUCUUCUGCACAAGCUUUCUUGUGGGAGGCCACCUUGACUAAAAACAAGAAGCCAUCUUGACCAAAAAUGGUCGUAAAAUCUCAUGAACUGGAUUAUAUGGUCAAAACCACAAGUGUUACGUGACAGUUUUGUGUUUUCUUCUGCAUUGACCUGACCUUAUUGAAAGACCAAAAAGAAGAAGCUUUAAAAAACCAAAAAGGGAGAUCCAACUUUUCCCACCUUAAGGAACACUGUGGUGUUUCAGGCUCCUAAUCUUCGACAUGAAGAGUUCUUUAAUGGUGGUAAUGUCUAAUGAGCUUGUAGAUUUCAUGGCAUGACAAGGCCACCAGUGUCACACAAGAAUUUUGAGAUUCUUCUGCACAGGUCUUUUCUUAAAAGACCAAAAAUGAGAAGCCAACCUAACCAAAAACGAGAAGCCACCUUUAAAAAACCAAGAGGGAAUUUGCACCUUUUCCUACCUUCAGGAACACAAUGGUGUUCCUAGCUUCAGGCUGAUUCUUCAAUACAAGGAGUCCCUUCAUGGUUUGUAAACUUGUAGAUUUUAUAGUCAAAAUCACCAGUGUCACGUGACUUUUUGAGUUUUACUUCUGCACGGGUCUUUUUACAAGACCGAAAACGAGAAACCACCUUUGGAAAACCAAGAGAGAAGCAUCUCUUCCUACCUUGAGGAACAUUGCGGUGUUUCAGGCUCUGAGUUUUCAAUACGAAGAGUUCAUUAAUGGUCGUAGAAUCUCAUGAACUUGUAGAUUUUAUGGUUGCUGUGUAGCUA